AUGUUCCUAAAGCAGAAGGCGAAGGUAUAUUGGCUAAAAGAAGGUGAUAAAUGUUCUAAAUGUUUUCAUUCAGUAGUUGCUUCUAAGACCAAAAGGGACACUAUUAGGGUCCUUGUUGAUGAUCAUGGAAAAAUAUUAGAAUCAUUCGAUGAUAUAACUACUGAGGUGAUAGGGUUUUUCACUAGGCUGAUUGGAACUGCUGAUCCAGGAGUCAAAAGUUUUGCUGCUGUUACACAAUUCUUUCAAGAUUCUUUUAUGCUGCCUACUUUCAAUGCAAUAUCUAUUACAUUGGUGCCUAAAGUUCCUAAUCCAAGCAAGACUGCUUUUGUUAAAGGAAAGAACAUUGUUGACAACACCCUUCUUGCUCAGGAACUGGUUAAAGGCUAUGGUAGGAAGACUAUUUCUCCAAGUUGUUCACUGAAAAUUGACCUCUAUAAGACUUUUGAAUCUCUGCAUUGGGACUUUAUCUAUGUUAUUCUUACUGCUAUUGUGCUUCCAAUGACAUUUAUAAGCUGGAUUGAAGCUUGUUUCACUGCUGCUCGUUACUCCAUUUCUUUUAAUGGAAGUUUAAUUGGAUACUUCAAAGGUGCAAGAGGUAUAAGAAAAAGAGACCCAAUUUCUCCUCUCUUAUUUGUUCUCUCCAUAAAUGUGCUAUCAAGAAUUCUAAACAAGGCUGCUGAAAGAGGUAUUUUUGGUUAUCACCCUCGUUGCAAAAAGGUUGGUCUAACCCAUCUUGCGUUUACUGAUGACAUUCUUAUUUUCUAUAAAGGAAAUGUUGAAUUUGUUGUUGGUGUUAUAAGUGUCUUGGACUACUUUUAUGAAAAUUUUGGCCUUAAGCUGAAUGCAUCUAAAUGUGAUAUAUUUGUUGUUGGUAUCUCUUCUAGUAAACUUGAGGAUGUCAAAAUGAUUGAUGGGUUUAAUCAAGGUUAUAUGCCGGUAAGAUACUUAGGAGUUCCCCUGGUUACUAGAAAACUUUCUGACAAAGACUAUGUGGCUCUUAUUGACAACAUCAGGAUUGAUCAGUUAUGCUCUCGAUUUUUCUGGAAAGGUUCGAAUAAGGCAGGAACUGGUGCAAGAGUUAGUUGGGAGAAGUUAUGCCUCUUGAAAUCUGAAGGAGGGCUUGGACUAAAGGACAUCAAGUCUUGGAAUAAAGCAUGUAUGAUCAAAUUGAUCAGGAAUAUCCUUGAGAGUGAAGGGUCCUUGUGUGUUGCCAGGCUGAAAAGCUAUGUGAUUAAGGAUACUGACUUUUGGAACAUGGAGGCUGGAAUUAAUUCAAGCUGGAGCUUUAGGCUUUUACUUAAAAUGAGACUUGAGGCUUACCCUGUUUUAUCUUCCGGAGCUCAACAGAUUAGAGAAAUUUGGAAUCUGAUUAGAACGAAGGGAACCAAAGUUACAUGGCAUAAGUUGAUAUGGUUUCCUCUUCAUAUUCCUAAGCAUAGUAUGAUUGCAUGGAUGACCUUAUUAGACAGACUUCCAACGAAAGAUAGGUUAAAACAUAUGGGACUCAACAUUGAUGACAAAUGUGUUUUUUGUAAACACUCACUGGAAACAAGAGAUCACGUAUUCCUACACUGUCCUACAGGUAUUUCAUUGUGGGAGGUAGUGUUGAACCUUAAUGGCAUGCGGAGAAGAUCACUUUCAUGGGACAAUCAUUUAGCUUGGGCUUGUGGUAAUUGGAAAGGUUUGGUGAAGCUAGAGUCGAGGGAAUGA